CAAUUCACAUGUGACAGCGAAGGUCAGCUUCCAAUAUGGCUUCUUGCACACGAAGGCUUGACAAAGUUAUGUGUUCAAUAAGGUUGUUACGGAAUAUACAACAGCAAAAUGAACGUAAGUCACAUGGAAUUAUAAAAUAAGUGUAGCUCGAAGGGUUGCUAUCAAUCAGUUGGGCAUUCCUUAGCUAGAUUUAGCCAAAACUGCCCUAGACGUUGCUAGCUAGCUACGUUAGCUAACGGUAGUUAUGUUAGCCAGCUAGCCACCCACUGUGUUACAAAAUUACAUUGUUUUUAGCUAGAUAGCUAGCUGCUGUUCUAGUUCGAGAUGGCUAUUGAAAUGUUUAAUAUUAUAAACAGACUGAGUCUUUUGUUUCCUCCUUAGGUUUCUUGUCCACAUCUAUGCGUCGCCUCGCGCAGGAGAGUGACGGUGGCAAGCCAACAAAAUUCACCCCUCCACCAAAACCUGUCAUCAUUGACAAAACACAGUCCGAGGCUUCACUGCGAAAGUAAGUAAAGACAUUCUAGUUAACAAACUGUGUUCAUAACACUGAAAACAUGGUGAUGUGAUGCAAGCCUGGUCCUAUAAUUGGUGUUCUUGCCAACACCAUUGCUGUCAUUGCCAAACCAAACAUUGGCAUGAUAACACAAACUGUGAUGUGAUUUAUAGUAACUGUUUCCUUUUGCAAUUCCUCUUGUUUUAUCAGCAAUUAUGCGACAUAAUAUCAUUCCAUUCCUGCUUUGGUUCUGUUUUUUAAUACAGGUUCCUGAGUCCAGAAUUCAUCCCACCCCGACAGAGAAUAAACCCAUUGAAGUUCUCCAUUGAGCGCAAAGACAUGAUCCAGAGGAGGAAAGUGCUCAACAUUCCAGAGUUUUAUGUUGGUAAGAGACCUUUUGAGAUAGUUGGUUUAUAAAUGAGACUUCAAUACACACCAUCCUAUCUAGGCUACUAACAAGGUCUUGAAAAGCAUUCUGCCUUCUCCCUACAGUUAUCAGCCAUUAACUUUGCCUACGACUGCCUCAUGAACUACAAUCCCGACGCUGUGUUUUAACGUUUAGAAACGUCAAUAAUCAUCGCUUACGAUACAGCACAGGUGGUCGGUCCCCUCUUGUCUUCUGUCUGUUUUCCGUAAACUUCAAGCUCUAACAUGGAGAUAUGGCCGUGUGUUGUAACACUAACCCUAUCAAGGUGUGUAUCAAUUUAACCCUUUUCUUGCUGAUAUGAAAGAUAAGGUCCUUAUGCUUCCAAUACCAUACCGCAAGCGACAUGUGUUAAUGUUCAGGUUGAGCACCGGGGAGCUUAACAAAACUCCCCCCUACAGAAGACGCCUUCGUCCAAUGACUCUUAUGUGUAAUGUAAUAGAACUGAGAGUCAUGAUCAAGGGCCAGGCUACUAGCCAGCCCUGUACAGAACAGAGUCUAUUGAAAGCUCCAUUCAAUGACCCAUGCUGAAAAUGAGUGUGAUAUUCUGUUGCAAAAAAGCUACUUGCAUUCAGUAGUUAUUGUAAAGCUGUUAUUGGAUUGCUAAUGUAACAGGCUUCACGCUGCUGCUUAGCAGAAUUGCUUCCUUGCUCACAACAUCCUUACCCGUACUUGAUCUGGCACUCUCUACCUCGCCAAUACACGUGACCAACCAUUUGACAAUUAACAAACCAGUUAUGCCACCGAAAAGGAUCUGUGUGAUGGCACAUCGAACUUAUGAGACAGUCUUAUCUCUGUUACACAAACAUCCUCCUCUUCUUUCCGUGUGGGUCUCAUUUUGCAAAAAUAAAGGAUGAAGUUAUAGAAGGAUUUUGAGUGCCCACUGCCACCUAGCGAUCACGUUGCCGAUGGCCUCCAUUUUUGGAUAUAGGUUUACUUGAACAGGGACAAUGUUUUAUAUAUAUACUGAACAAAAAUAUAAACGCAACAUGUAAAGUGUUGGUCCCAUGUUUCAUGAGCUGAAAUAAAAGAUCCCAGAAAUGUUCCAUAGUCACUAAAAGCUUAUUUCUCUCAAAUUUUGUGGACAAAUGUGUUUACAUCCCUGUUAGAGAGCAUUUCUCCUUUGCCAAGAUAAUCCAUCCACCUGACAGGUGUGGCAUAUCAAGAAGCUGAUUAAACAGCACGAUCAUGACACAGGUGCACCUUGUGCUGGGGACAAUAAAAGGCCACUCUUAAAUGUGCAGUUUUUGUCACACAACGCCAUGCCACAGAUUCCUCAAAUUUUGAGGGAGCGUGCAAUUGGCAUGCUGACUGCAGUAAUGUCCACCAGAGCUUUUGCCAGGGCAUUUAAUGUUCAUUUCUCUACCAUAAGCCGCCUUCAACGUCAUUUUAGAGAAUUUAGCAGUACAUCCAACCGGCCUCACAACCGCAGACCACGUGUAACCUUGCCAGCCCAGGACCUCCACAUCCGGCUUCUUCACCUGCUGGAUCGUCUGAGUCCAGCCACCCAGACAGCUGAUGAAAUUGAGUAUUUCUGUCUGUAAUAAAGCCCUUUUGUUGGGAAAAACUCAUUCUGAUUGGCUGGGCCUGGCUCCCAAGUGGGUGGGCCUAUGCCCUUCCGGGCCCACCCAUGGCUGCGCCCCUGCCCAUCAUGUGAAAUCCAUAAAUUAGGGCCUAAUUUAUUUAUUUCAAUUUACUGAUUUCAUUAUAUGAACUGUAACUCAGUAAAAUUUUUGCCUGUUGCGUUUAUAUUUUUGUUCAGUAGGUUUAUUUGAACAGGGACAAUGUACAACAAAAACACAAGUCUCAGUACACUUGAUGAGUUGUUCCAUAUUUAGCUAACAGCUCAUUUCCAGAGGUAACCGUGUGUGCAGGAUUAUUUAUUUUUCUAUAAAGAGGUAACUUUAAUUUCGGUCAGUAUUCCAACAUCAGGAAUUAAUCUCUUAAUUUCCCAACAACAUUAAUUUAAAAAAAACAAAUAAACAUUGCCAACUCCUGCCAUCCCUCGUGACAUAAUGAAAACACCUAGCUUUGUUUAAUUAUUAAUUAAUUAUCAGUGUAUUUGGAGAUAUAAUUUUCAGGAAGUCUGUUUAUUGGGACACAAACAUCAGGUGCUAAACUAAGUAUGGACAGAAUAAAAAAAGUACAAAAUAUAUUUAAAAUAACAAAAACAUUGAUGGAAAUAUGAAUACCAGCAUACUAUAAAUAUUACUUUGAAUAAAUCAAUUAGGCUUCAACAAUGCUCCACAUAGCCGCAGUAUCAGGUGCAUGUUGCGUCCAGUUUGGCAAUGUAUCCCCUACAAGCCACAGCCAAUGUAAAUCGGCACGAUAAAGGCAAUAAGUAAUGCAACGUAAAUGUAUUUACAUUCUGUACCUUUAAACCAUUUUAUAUUUACAUUCUAUGAUCAUUAUAAACAGUGUCAUAUUAAUUUAGAUGUCGGAUCAAUGUUUGACAUGUGAGAUGUGUCACGUUUAAGCAAUAAGGCCAGAGGGACUGUGGUAUAUGGCCGAGGAAAAAAAAUCCAGAAAAUCACAUUGUAGGAUUUUUAAUGAAUUUAUUUGCAAAUUAUGGUGGAAAAUAAGUAUUUGGUCACCUACAAACAAGCAAGAUUUCUGGCUCUCACAGACCUGUAACUUCUUCUUUAAGAGGCUCCUCUGUCCUCCACUCGUUACCUGUAUUAAUGGCACCUGUUUGAACUUGUUAUCAGUAUAAAAGACACCUGUCCACAACCUCAAACAGUCACACUCCAAACUCCACUAUGGCCAAGACCAAAGAGCUGUCAAAGGACACCAGAAACAACAUUGUAGACCUGCACCAGGCUGGGAAGACUGAAUCUGCAAUAGGUAAGCAGCUUGGUUUGAAGAAAUCAACUGUGGGAGCAAUUAUUAGGAAAUGGAAGACAUACAAAACCACUGAUAAUCUCCCUCGAUCUGGGGCUCCACGCAAGAUCUCACCCCGUGGGGUCAAAAUGAUCACAAGAACGGUGAGCAAAAAUCCCAGAACCAUACGGGGGGACCUAGUGAAUGACCUGCAGAGAGCUGGGACCAAAGUAAAAAAGCCUACCAUCAGUAACACACUACGCCGCCAGGGACUCAAAUCCUGCAGUGCCAGACGUGUCCCCCUGCUUAAGCCAGUACAUGUCCAGGCCCGUCUGAAGUUUGCUAGAGUGCAUUUGGAUGAUCCAGAAGAGGAUUGGGAGAAUGUCAUGUGGUCAGAUGAAACCAAAAUAGAACUUUUUGGUAAAAACUCAACUCGUCGUGUUUGGAGGACAAAGAAUGCUGAGUUGCAUCCAAAGAACACCAUACCUACUGUGAAGCAUGGGGGUGGAAACAUAAUGCUUUGGGGCUGUUUUUCUGCAAAGGGACCAGGACGACUGAUCCGUGUAAAGGAAAGAAUGAAUGGGGCCAUGUAUCGUGAGAUUUUGAGUGAAAACCUCCUUCCAUCAGCAAGGGCAUUGAAGAUGAAACGUGGCUGGGUCUUUCAGCAUGACAAUGAUCCCAAACACACCGCCCGGGCAACAAAGGAGUGGCUUCUUAAGAAGCAUUUCAAGGUCCUGGAGUGGCCUAGCCAGUCUCCAGAUCUCAACCCCAUAGAAAAUCUUUGGAGGGAGUUGAAAGUCCGUGUUGCCCAGCGACAGCCCCAAAACAUCACUGCUCUAGAGGAGAUCUGCAUGGGGAAUGGGCCAAAAUACCAGCAACAGUGUGUGAAAACCUUGUGAAGACUUACAGAAAACGUUUGACCUGUGUCAUUGCCAACAAAGGGUAUAUAACAAAGUAUUGAGAAACUUUGGUUAUUGACCAAAUACUUAUUUUCCACCAUAAUUUGUAAAUAAAUUCCUUAAAAAUCCUACAAUGUGAUUUUCUGGAAUUUUUUUUUUCAUUUUGUCUGUCAUAGUUGACAGACAAACUUGCACAAUUGGUGGCUGACUAAAUACUUUUUUCCCCCACUGUAUACCACGGCUAUGGGCUGUUCUUAAGCACGACGCAACGUGGAGUGCCUGGAUACAGCCCUUAGCCGUGGUAUAUUGGUCAUAUACCACAAACCCCUGAGGUGCCUUAUUGCUAUUAUAAACUGGUAACCAACGUAAUUAGAGCAGUAAAAAUACAUGUUUUGUCAUACUGGUGGUAUACGGUCUGAUAUAUCACGGCUGUCAGCCAAUCAGCAUUCAGGGCUCGAACCAACCAGUUUAUAAUAUGUAUUGUAGUUGGUGGAGGAAGGUCCUCUCCACUCCCUCUGAGUAUUUUACACCACUGACUCAUUUACACAAUGGAAACACCUGGUUCAGACAGAGGCAGUAUCGACUGAUACAGAGACCUUCCCUGGUAAGAUCCUCUGUGAAUUUAUAGUAGAGAUGAAUGGAAAGACUGUCUCUUUAAAGGUGUGUUUGAAUGUGUGUAGUUUAGUGUUAUCGACUGGAUCAACAAACGAAAGCUCUCCCUUUUUCCAGUCCAGCUGUAUUCUGAUUAUUUGGGGCUUUCUCACUUGGAAUGGAGUCGAAGGAGUACAGAUACCAACAUGUUUCAAGCAGACCACCAUAGUCCCUUAGACUAAACACCUCCCUCUGCAACUGGAUCAUGGACUUCCUGACGAGCCGCCCCCAGGUGGUGAGGUAACAACACGUCUGCCACGCUGAUCCUCAACACGGGGGCCCCUCAGGGGUGCGUGCUCAGUCCCCUCCUGUACUCCCUGUUCACCCAUGACUGCAUGGCCAGGCACGACUCCAACACCAUCAAGUUUGCCGACGACACAACAGUGGUAGGCCUGAUCACCGACAACGAUGAGACAGCCAAUAGGGAGGAGGUCAGAGACCUGGCCGUGUGGUGCCAGGAUAACAACCUCUCCCUCAACGUGAUCAAGACAAAGGAGAUGAUUGUGGACUACAGGAAAAAAAAGAGGACUGAGCACGCCCCCAUUCUCAUCGAAGGGGCUGUAGUGGAACAGGUUGAGAGCUUCAAGUUCCUUGGUGUCCACAUCACCAACGAACUAUCAUGGUCCAAACACACCAAGACAGUCGUGAAGAGUGCACGACAAAACCUAUUCCCCCUCAGGAGACUGAAAAGAUUUGGCAUGGGUCCUCAGAUCCUCAAAAAGUUAUACAGCUGCACCAUCGAGAGCAUCCUGACUGGUUGCAUCACCGCCUGGUAUGGCAACUGCUUGGCCUCUGACCGCAAGGCACUACAGAGGGUAGUGCGUACGGCCCAGUACAUCACUGGGGCCAAGCUUCCUGCCAUACAGGACCUCUAUACCAGGCGGUGUCAGAGGAAGGCCAUAAAAAUUGUCAAAGACUCAAGCCACCCUAGUCAUAGACUGUUCUCUCUGCUACCGCACGGCAAGUCUAGGUCCAAAAGGCUUCUCAACAGCUUCUACCCCCAAGCUAUAAGACUCCUGAACAGCUAAUCAUGGCUACCCCGACUAUUUGCACUGCCCCCCCACCCCAUCCCCCUCUUUUAUGCUGCUGCUACUCUGUUUACUAUUUAUGCAUAGUCACUUUAACUCUACCCCCAUGUACAUAUGACCUCAAUUACCUCGACUAGCCGGUGCCCCCGCACAUUGACUCUGUACCGGUACCCCCCCCCCCCCUGUAUAUAGCCUCCCUACUGUUAUUUUAUUUUACUGCUGCUAUUUGCCUUUAUUUUCAAUUUUUCUUUCAUUAACACUUUUUUAUUUUACAUUUUUCAUAAAAAGAAAACUGCAUUGUUGGAUAAGGGCUUGUAAGUAAGCAUUUCACUGUAAUGUCUACCUACACCUGCUGUAUUCGACGCAUGUGGCAAAUACAUUUAGAUUUGAUUUGAUAAUAUUCACCUCUUACAAACUCCACACCCCAGGAUCCAAAUUCAAAGCCACUGUCUCCCUUCCUCUGGACGGGCUGCAAGGCUACACCCAGGACCCAGCCUGUAUUUUAUCCAACCGCAAUGUCCCAGCUAUAUGUCCCUGAGCUAAAGCCCUCCGAGCCGAAGGCCACAAAGGGGUCAUCAAACCUCUCUAGGUUGUCAGGAUAAUGCUGUGGCUCAUCACUGUAUCUCACACUGGUCAGAUCCUCAGACAGGAUGAGACCUAUUCCUGCAGUGUUGGGGUCCAGAAUCACAGGGAUGUAUUUAACCAUUCCCUGCAUCUUCUCCCAGACUCUGAACUGCAGGUUGCCCAGGUGCUUUGCCACAUCGAUCAGAGCUCCUGUAACCUUCUGUGGAUUUCGCAGUGUGCACUGGGAUCUUUUCACCAUGGCCUUGUAGUUCUGCAGGAAUGAUACAUCUUCAUCUCCUAACUCCUCUAUGGCUCUGAUUGUGUCUGAAAGAGAUAAUAUCUCUCUGCUCAUCUCCUUAAUCAUCUUCUUCAUCUUUGGACUCUUCUGCUCCUCUUCCUUCCUCAGUGCAGCUAUCCUGGCCUCCUCUUCAUCUUGUAGAAACUGGUGAAGCUUCUCAAACUCCUUCUUAAUUUUCCUCGCUGUGUGCUGGGCCUGACUCUUAAUGUGCCCUGCUGUGUGAUUACAGAUCAGUUUAACUGCGUUGAAGACCUCCAGCUUCUUCUUUAAUGGCUUCAGUGCGGUCUUAACUUCCUCCUUAUGAUCCAUUGCAGCUUCAUCUAUGGGGAUGCAGUCAUGCUUUUUAUGUUUCUUUGAAUCCCGACACACCACCCAGGUGGGCUGUUUGUCAUCCAGACAGAAUAGUUUUAGUUUCUCACGGUGUUGACUGCAGAGCACCUCAGACUUUUCUCCUCUAAGAAGACCUCGCACAGGUUCUUUAAAACCAGGUUACAUGGAGGGUUGUCCAUUGACAUUAUUUUCCGGCACAUUGGACAUUCCUGAGUUCCCUUCUAUUUCCAGAAUUAUUUCAGACAAACUUUGCAGAAGCUGUGUGUACAUGACAGGAAAACUGGCUCCUUGAAGAUGUCACAGCACACAGGACAGCAGAGAUCCUCCUCGGGGAGGGAAGGUUCAGAGGUCAUUGUUUCAUCACCACCAUAUCUCCUGUAAUGGCUCCAUUUCAGAAUAAGGCUGUAAUGUAACGAAAUGUACUGUAUAUCUCGUCACAUUAUGAGGAGAGAUACUGGCAUUUCCUCUAUCUUUUUGAAGGAGUUAUCAAAUGAAUGUGUUGAUUAUGACUUAAAGCAGCCGUUGUGUUUUGCAGGAAGUGUCUUAGCUGUGACCACGGCGGACCCUCAUGCCAGCGGCAAAACCAACCACUUUAUGGGCAUCUGCAUCCAGAGAGGUGGCCAUGGACUGGGAGCCACAUUUGUCCUGAGGAAUAUCAUCGACGGCCAGGGUGGGGAUAAUCAUGAAGUACACAAAAGUUAUCAUGUGAAGAGUGUGUAUGUGUGUGUGUUUUUGCACCGCCAAGACUCUUUGUUAAUUCAGUUGUAUAAGAGGUUAUAUUGCUUCCUGGAUAAAUAUCUCAGUUGGAUGAGUGUGACUGAAACAUCAGUUUCAGUCUGAAGUGUAGAACCUCAAUUUCCAUUGAUUUAGUGCAUGGGUGGCCAACACUCUUCCUGGAGAGCUACUGGGUAGGCAGGCUUUCACUCUCUCCUGGUUAGCAGCAAAUUAUACUGAACAACAAUAUAAACGCAACAUGCAAAGUGUUGGUUUCAUGAGCUGAAAUAAAAGAUCCCAGAAAUGUUCCAUAUGCACAAAAAGCUUAUUUCUCUCAAAUUUUGUGCACAAAUUUGUUUACAUCCCUGUUAGUGAGCAUUUCUCCUUUGCCAAAAUAAUCCAUCCACCUGACAGGUGUGGCAUAUCAAGAAGUUGAUUCAACAGCAUGAUCAUUACACAGGUGCACCUUGUGCUGGGGACAAUAAAAGGCCACUGUAAAAUGUGCAGUUUUUGUCACAACACAAUGCCACAGAUGUCUCAAGUUUUGAGGGAGCGUGCAAUUGGCAUGCUGACUGCAGGAAUGUCCACCAGAGCUGUUGCCAGAAAUGUGAUGUUAAUUACUCUACCGUAAGCUGCCUCCAACGUCAUUUUAGAGAAUUUGGCAGUAUGUCCAACCGGCCUCACAACCACAGACCACGUGUAACCACGCCAGCCCAGGACCUCCACAUCCGGCUUCUUCCCUGCGGGAUCGUCUGAGAUUAGCCACCUGGGCAGCUGAUGAAACUGUGGGUUUGCACAACCGAAGGAUUUCUGCACAAACUGUUAGACGUCCUCACCAGGGUCUUGACCUGACUGCAGUUCGGCGUCAUAAGCGACUUCAGUGGGCAUAUGCUUGUCGUGUCAUUCAUCCUCCGCCGUCAUGUUUCAGCAUGAUAAUGCACGGUCCCAUGUCACAAGGAUCUGCACACAAUUCCUUGAAGCUGAAAAUGUCCCAGUUCUUCCAUGGCCUGCAUACUCACCAUACAUGACACCCAUUGAGCAUGUUUGGGAUGCUCUGGAUUGACGUGUACGACAGCGUGUUCCAGUUCCCACCAAUAUCCAGCAACUUCACACAGCCAUUGAAGAGGAGUGAGACAACAUUCCACAACCAACAGCCUGGUCAACUUUAUGCGAAGGAGAUGUGUCGCGCUGCGUGAGGCAAAUGGUGGUCACACCAGAUACUGACUGGUUUUCUGAUCCACAGAAAUCCACACCCCUACCUUUUUUUAAGGUAUCUGUGACCAACAGAUGCAUAUCUGUAUUCCCAGUCAUGUGAAAUCAAUAGAUUAGGGCCUAAUGAUUUUAUUUCUAUUGACUGAUUUCCUUCUAUGAACUGUAACUCAGUAAAACCUUUGAAAUUAUUGCAUGUUGGUUUUAUAUUUUUGUUCAGUGUUGUAGAAUCAGGUGUUCUAGAUUAGGAUUGUAGUGAAAUCCAGCAGAAGGGUAAAUCCAGGACAAGGUUUGGGCAGACUUGGUUUAUUGUGUGCCUGUGACCUCUGAGUAAAGGCCAGGGGUGGCAAACUCACUUCCUGGAGGGCUUUGUCUGCUGGUUGUUGUUACUUCCUUUCAAUUCGUGUCCAAUUAAGUCCUGUUAGCACAGCUGAAAACUGGCAUUCCAGUCCUGGAGGGCCGAGCGUCUGCAGGUUUCGAUCCUCCUUUGUACUUGAUCCAUCAAUUAAGGUCACUGAUUAGUUAGGAACUCCCCUAACCUGGUUGGCAAUGAUAACCAUUGGCUGUGUAUCUCUCUCUCCCUCAGGAGUUGAGAUCUGCUAUGAGAUGUACAGCCCGCGGCUGCAGCAGCUGGAGGUCCUGAAGCUGGAGAAGAGGCUGGACAACAAUCUGAUGUACCUGAGAGAUGCCCUGCCCGAGUACAGCACCGUGGACUUGGACAUGAAGCCCGUGCCCCACUCUGUCACCGGGGACGUGCCCAUCAAUAAAGUAAAUGGCUAGCUUCCGCUCUCUCAUAACACAUAGUUAUUAUUCAAUCAAUUAAUCAUCUUGACCUCUGAAUAGACAGCAUAUAUGGCAGUUAGCUCAGCUCAAAUCAAACUUGAGUUCUUUAUUAUGUUUAACACAAUGCUGAGACACUUAAUAUUUAGACCUAUGUUUCACUUAACAACUGAAGUCUGUUAACAUAACAUGGAAGUGGCCUUUGUUUUAUAAAGAACAUGUAUUGCUAACAACAUGAUUGGUACAGAUUCAUUACCCGAGGCCUGUCUGUACAGAGCAGUAUUGGUUUGACCUCCACUACCGUUCAAAAGUUUGGGGUCACUUAGAAAUAAAAAAUUUUUUGGAUCAGAAAUACAGUGUAGACAUUGUUAAUGUUGUAAAUGGCUAUUGUAGCUGGAAACUGCUGAUUGUUAAUGGAAUAUCUACAUAGGCAUACAGAGGCCCAUUUAUCAGCAACCAUCAGUCCUGUGUUCCAAUGGCACGUUGUGUUUGCUAAUCCAAGUUUAUCAUUUUAAAAGGCUAAUUGAUCAUUAGAAAACCCUCUUGCAAUUAUGUUAGCACAGCUGAAAACUGUUGUGCUGAUUAAGAAGCAAUAAAACUGGCAUUCUUGAGACUAGUUGUGUAUCUGGAGCAUCAGCAAUUGUGGUUUCGAUUGCAGGCUCAAAAUGGCCAGAAACAAAUAACUUUCUUCUGAAACUCGUCAGUCUAUUCUUGUUCUGAGAAAUGAAGUCUAUUCCAUGCGAGAAAUUGCCAAGAAACUGAAGAUCUCGUACAACGCUGUGUACUACUCCCUUCACAGAACAGCGGAAACUGGCUCUAACCAGAAUAGAAAGAGGAGUGGGAGUCCCCGGUGCACAACUGAGUGAGAGGACAAAUACAUUAGUGUCUAGUUUGAGAAACAGACGCCUCAUAUGUCCUCAACUGGCAGCUUCAUUAAAUAGUACCCGCAAAACACCAGUCUCAAUAUCAACAGUGAAGAGGCGACUCCGGGAUGCUGACCUUCUAGGCAGAGUUGCAAAGAAAAAGCCAUAUCUCAGACUGGCCAAUAAAAAUAAAAGAUUAAGAUGGGCAAAAGAACACAGACACUGGACAGAGGAAGAUUGGAAAAAAGUGUUAUGGACAGACGAAUCAAAGUUUGAGGUGUUCGGAUCACAAAGAAGAACAUUUGUGAGACGCAGACCAAAUGAAAAGAUGCUGGAGGAGUGCUUGAUGCCAGCUGUCAAGCAUGGUGGAGGCAAUGUGAUGGUCUGGGGGUGCUUUGGUGGUGGUAAAGUGGGAGAUUUGUACAGGGUAAAAGGGAUCUUGAAGAAGGAAGGCUAUCACUCCAUUUUGCAGCGCCAUGCCAUACCCUGUGGACGGCGCUUGAUUGGAGCCAAUUUCCUCCUACAACAGGACAAUUAACCAAAGCACAGCUCCAAACUAUGCAAGAACUAUUUAGGGAAGAAGCAGUCAGCUGAUAUUCUGUUUAUAAUGGAGUGGCCAGCACAGUCAUCGGAUCUCAACCCUAUUGAGCUGUUGUGGGAGCAGCUUGACUGUAUGGUACGUAAGAAGUGUCCAUUAAGCCAAUCCAACUUGUGGGAGGUGCUUCAGGAAGCAUGGUGUGAAAUCUCUACAGAUUACCUCAACAAAUUGACAACUAAAAUGCCAAAGGUCUGCAAGGCUGUAAUUGCUGCAAAUGGAGGAUUCUUUGACGAAAGCAAAGUUUGAAGGACACUAUUAUUAUUUCAAUUAAAAAUCAUUAUUUCUAACCUUGUCAAUGACUACAUUUCCUAUUCAUUUUGCUAUAUUUCCUAUUCAAACUCAUUUCAUGUAUGUUUUCAUGGAAAACAAGGACAUUUCUAAGUGACCCCAAACUUCUGAACAGUGUAUAUCUCUCUCCCCCUCUAGACCAGAGUGCGUAUGCGUCCCAAGCCAUGGUCCAAGCGCUGGGAGCGGCCCAAGUACAACGUGCAGGGCAUCCGCUUCGACCUGUGCCUGUCACCCGAGAAGCUGGAGCACGCCCAGACGUGGGAGGAGCCCUGGCGGGAGCAUGACAUGCUGAAGGAGUACGACACCACGGCCCUGGAGGAGCGCAUCUUCAAGGAGGUGCAGACUGAGAUGAGCAAGUGA